AUGCCGGCCUUCACUCUCUACGGUGGUCGCGGCUCGUCCAACACGGACCGUGUGCGCCUGACCCUCGCCGAGGGCGGCUUCACCGACUUUGACCUCGAGAUCCUCGACAUGCGCAAUGGCGAGCAAAAGUCUCCAGAGAACAUGAAGCGCCACCCCUGGGGCAAGAUCCCCUCUCUCAUCUUCCCAGACGGCUUCACUCUCUACGAGAGCCGCGCCAUCUGCACGUACCUCGCCAGGAAGUACUCCUUCCCGCUGCUGCCGCCGGUCGCGGACCUCGAGGCCACGGCGCUCUUCGAGCAGGCCCAGUCCGAGGAGAUGCUCUACUUUGCCGACCCGGCGGGCAAGAUCAGCUUCGAGAAGUUCGCCAAGAAGUUUAUCGGCCUGCCCACUGACGAGGGCGUCGUGGCGGGCGCGGUCAAGGCGCUCGAGGGCUUCUUCGACGUGGCCGAGCGCAUGCUGCAGGGCAGGGACUACAUGGCUGGGAAGGAGUUCACCCUGGUGGAUAUCUAUUACAUCCCGCUGAUCCAGAGGCUGUUUGCGUGCGGCUAUGGAGAAAUGGUGACGGGUCGCAAGGCAGUGAGCGCGUGGUGGGCGCGCAUCACCGGUCGGCCUGCUAUUGCGAAGCUGUUGGCUGCCGAUAGGGAGGCCAUGGCUGCGGCUCAGGCUGCGGGCGCGAAAAAAUAG